AAUGCCAAUAGCCACUAACGCGUUAAAAAUGGUGAAAACUAAAUGAAUGGGUUUUAAAUCGUGAAAAGUGGAUGAAAAAUUCAUAAAUUUAAUGGCAAUCAAUAGCUGACAAAAGUGGUUAAACUCAAAUCAAUGAGAAGUGCUGCAAGAGCGUAGAAAAGUGCAUUCAAACGAGUGCAAGAAAAAUCACUUUGUGUGUAGUAGCAGAAGAGGAACACACGCACGCACACAUACACCGUACAUACGACAUACACACACACACACACACACACUAAUACAUAUAUAUACACAUGGUGAUAAACGCAAUGGCCUCGCAGUCGCAGCAGCAUAUAUAAAAGCUCGCUUGUAUAUUUGGAGAGAGAGGGCGAGAGUGAGAGGGAGAGAGAAAAGGAGAAGAAGACGAGAAGAAAGAAGGAGAAGUAAGGAGUCAUUGAACGAAGCAACGGCAAACCAGACCAAAGGAGUCGGUCGCUUGGAAUACAAGGAGAGGCUGCAGCUACUGCCGUUUCUGUUGCUGCUGCAGGUGCACAACAUUUCAAGGAUACCCAGAAAACAAAAAAAAUCACACACACACGCCAAGACUCCAAGCGAAAUGGAAAAACUUGCUCUCUUCUCUCGCUCACUCUCUCUCACACACCAACACACACACACACACACGACGAUCGAUUAGUGCUCAUUAAAGAAACAUUUUCAUCGUCAAUUUUGUCAUUCCAUGGACGAAAUCAAUUCAAAGUGAACAACAAAACGGAAACAAAAACGGAAAAUCUCGUUCACAAAAGCGGAAAUAAAAUUAAUUAUUUUAUUGUGUGUGUCUGUGUGUGUGUAUAUAGUGUGAAGAAUAUUGGAAUUUGAAUAUAAUUACUAUAUAUAUACAUAUAUAUAAAAGCCAAUAAGUUAGGCCAAGAUCACACACACAUACUGAGAGAAACGUACGCACACAACUGUGAAACCUGCCAGCUGAAAAAAGAAAAAGAGUGACCCAAAAGGAUUAAGCAAGAUGACUGCCAUUAAGACACAGGCUGAACACGGGGAAUGCUUAUGAUCGAGAUCGAGAUCCAUAAUUGAGUAUUAAGUGAAUCCUUCGUUUAUUUCGCAAAUCGAGAGAGUGAGAGAAAAACCAUCUUCAUCAUGGUGGACAGCGUGCAGUGCCCCGUGUGCACUUUGUAUCUGCAUGCGGGCAUGAAUCUGUCCGAUCAUUUGGAGACACAUCCCAAGGAGCAGGUCAUUAAGGCUUUGGUGCAAAUGACCAUUGUUGGUAAUGCUGGGAAUGGCAAUGGCAUGGGUAGUGCUCUGGCGGCAGCCAUGCUUGCCACAUCCAGUGGCGAGACGGCAACGACCUCAUCCGCCAUGGCAGAUGUUAAACCAUCCACGAAGACGUUGGCAAUAGCAAAAGGCUCCUCCUCCAACUCUACCGCUUCGUCGUCGGCAGCGACUGCAGCAACGUCUCAGUCAACGCUGCCACCACCUCCGCUAUCGUCCUCCGUCACUGGCGGCGCCGGCGUCUCCACUAACAAAUUAAAUAAUCCACCGAUUAAAGCAACACUGAAAAGCGCUCCGCCCAUGCCCUCGACUCCAACGACUGAGGCGACAUCAGCCAAACCCUCUGCACCCACCACAAUAUAUCAGCCUCCAUUGGCCCCAACGGAGUAUGGCUAUGAUCAGCAGCAGCAGCCACCACAACCAGCCCCACAGCAACAUGGUUUUCCCCGUGGAGCCACUGCCACCUUGGUUAUACCACAAGUGCCGCAGCAACAUUUUCUGGCCAGCCAACAGCAACAACAGACCCUUUUUGGCCAUCAGACCCAGCAGACGCAGGCGCAGCCGGGACUUAAAUAUGGAACCUAUGGCAAUACCUCGCUGCCACCGCCACCGCCCUUGCAGAUCUUCACCCAGCAGCAACAGCAGGGAGCAACGCAGUCUCAAUCACAUCAAAAACCCCCACCCGCCUAUGGAGCAGCCAUCAGUCAAAUUCGAUCUCAGCACAACCAAAACAAACAGCAGCAGCAGCAGCACCAUCAUCAUCUUAAUAUGCACCACAAUGUAACCUUGGCACCACCGACCAACACGAACACCAACGCAACCACCAAUGGAGCUGGCAAACAGCAGGCUAGCAAAGUUCUUACGGAAGUAUUUCUGAAUCCACCUCCUCCGCCGCCGCCGCCGUCGCAGCUGCCAGCCUCUGGACAAGCACAGCAUCACCAACACCAUCACCACCACCAGCAUCAUCCUCACCAGCACCAUCAGCAGCAACAGCAACAACAAACACAUCAAGUCCUGUUGGCAGCCAGUUGCUCAUCUUCCUCGUCGUCUUCAUCGAUUCGGGGGAAUCGGCAAACGAAUUCACCAUUCGGAGCUCUCCUCAAUGCAGCUGCUGCCGUGGCCUGCGCCGCUUCCUCAUCAUCGCCAUCGCCGUCGGUUUUGCGAUAUGCCGAGUCGCCAGUUGCCCAUUAUUUGGAGCGGGAAAAUGGUGAUUUUAUUGUCCAAGAGACGCCCAAGCACAUUGUGGAAUGCGUGGAGACGGAAGAUGGUGAAUUCUCAGUCAUUGAACGUAUAUAUCAAUCGCCACCAAGUGUCCUGCAUAUCCACGACGAGGAUGAAGACGAAGAUGACGAGAAUCUUGGUGGAAAUGCCGACGCCAAUGAGGAUGAGGAAGAUUAUGUUGAUAACGUUAGAAAAGAGGAAGAGGAUUUGACAGAAACAUCCGAUCAUCAUGUGGAUCAUGAUGGUGACGAUGAACGGGAGGAGAGUAGUCGUAGUCGAAAUCUAAGCAAAACCACAACGAAAAAGUCACGUAAAUCCAAACCCAAACGAACUGCCAAGCAAUUGCAGAGAACCACAGAGGAAGAGUUCAUGAGCUUAAGCAGCGGGGAGGAGAGCGAGUCGGAAACCGCCGAGAGGCGAGAGCAAAAGAAAUUGGAGACGUCUCAGCCGCCUCUCUGUACGGCUCCUUCCACGAGCACUGCGGCAGCUGCAGCAGCAGUUCCUUCAACCGCUACUGCUUCUGCUGCUGGCUCCUCUAGCAUGACUGAAGGCAAUUCCACUUCCACCAAGUCGAAAAAGAAUCGGAUUACAGUGCUCAGCGAUGUUCCUCUUAAUAUGAACGAGUAUCUUGAUCUAAUGGGCAACAUUGUGGCCUCCAGUCGCAUUGGGCAAGCUCGUCCAUUUGCCGCUGUGGCUCCCAUACCCCUGGUGAAGGUGGAAAAGGAAGAGCCCCUGGAUGACUAUGACAAUGAGAGUGUGGCGGAAGAACCUCAAGUGGAGCAGAAACCUAGCUUGGGCACCACCAGCGUAAUCCGUAUGGCUAGCACCACCACCGCCACCACUACCACCAGCGGCAGCAGUAGCCUAACAACUGCCGAAGAUCUCACCCAGCCACCGCUUAUGAAGAUUGAGGUGGAGGCGACAACAUUGUUGGCACCCCGCUUCUCGGCACCAGCACCGACCACCACACAGCGUGGUCCCAAAAAGCUGGUCAUCAAACCAAAGGCCACCUCGGCCACGAUAACAACGAAAAAGACUGACACCCACACACUCCUCGAUUCCCAACCAUCGUCAUCAUCAACAUCAUCAUCAUCAUCAACGACAUCAUCUUCCAACCAAAUCAUAUCAAACGGAAAUGCUAAUCCAGUUGCUCCUGUCCCCUCGGAGAUGAUGCAAAUCAAGAGCGAGAAUCUAGAGCCACCAUCAACGAGUAGCAAUAGCAUAUUGGAGAAGCAUCUGACCAAGCGGAAGCAUUCGACUGUCAAUGAUGAUGAUGCCCGGGUACUGCUCGAAUUUGCCAAUUCCAAACAGUCGCCGACUUUGUCCGGUGGAGCUGCUGCGAAUACAACAUUUGUGGUAAACGCUGCGGUUUCCAGUUUCCCUUCUGCCGGAUCUGUGUUUGCCAGCAGCAGCAGUACGCCAGCAGCUAACCAGAUUGCUCCCAAUCCGGCCGAUGAAUACAUCCUGCCGGACAAUAAUCUAGAGGUGGACGAAAUUGUGAUAUCCUCCUCGUCUUCCUAUGCCGCCUCAUGCGCGUCCCAACAACUGCAGAACCAAUCCCAGGUGCAGACCCAGACGCAGGCUUCCACCUCGAUACAUGAUUUCAACUUUCUGUAUCAUCAGAACACAACACAGACCACAGCGGCCACAUCAACGGCAGGGGGUAAUGCCUAUUUCACCCCCUUUGCCAGGCAACAGCAGCAACCACAUCAUCAUCAUCAUCAUCAUGGAACCACUAGUGAGGCCACCAAUGCUGCCACUUUGGCCUCUUCUUCAAGCAAUUCCUCGGCAUUAGAUCAUGAUUCAAUGAAUGCCACUUUCCGUGUAACAAAGACCCAAUCCUCGCACUCGCACUCGUGGUAUCAUCCCGUGCAGCAGCAAUCGACGGCGCAGACAUCGACGGCGGCAACAGCAGGAUCCGGAGGAGGCUCUGCUUCUGAUCUGGCCCAGCCCACCAAUUUCAAUGCAGCUUUGGCUGCGGUGGACUGCUGCAGCGUUGCUGUCGAUGGCGGAGAUGUAAAGGCUUAUCUGGAUCUCGAUGCCUGCAAGCGGGAACAGUUGAGCAACAGCAGCAAUUUGCCAUCAGUUUCCGCAUCGACGACAUCGUCAUCCUUUGCUGGUGCUGGCACAGAGAGCAGCUUGGUGGGAGGUCUUAAUAUACGCACCGAUGAGAAAAUGCCCGCCAAGGGUGAGAUCUCUGAGCAGGAGAGCAACUGUGACAUUGAAAACUCAUGGAGUCAAUCGAUGUACGGUGACAUAUCACAGCGUUACUUUAGAAAUCAAUUCUCUGCCGGUUAUAAUACAGACUGGCGACAGGACUACUAUCCAGCUCAGGAUCUCAGCAGCGCCCAGCAACGGGAGCAAAAGCGAUUCGAUUUUAACGCAGUCGUCGACGAGGAGGCUUCGUCUUUAUCGAGGAAGAGUUUACCCAUACCCACCGCUUCCACCUCAUCCUCAAUAUCCUCGGCUUUGCUGGCUGGUCCACCAAUAGCCUCCACCUCCAGGGCGGCAGCUGAGGCAGCCGCCGAAGCCGCAGCGGCAGUGGCCGCAAUGGCCCAGCAACGUAAACCGCCGCCGCGUCGCAAGAUCUACAAGUGUCCCCACUGUGAAGCUAUCUUCGAGAAACUCAAGGAACGCAAUGCGCACAUGAUUAGCGACCACAACUAUGUGCGUAAGAAUCGUCGCUUGAUUUGCACUCAGCCGUUGGUCAGCGCAUCGUCGUCGAGCAUGUUGCCGCCACAGUCCCAGCAGCAGACACAGCACCAGCCGAUGUUGCAUCAGCCGGAUCUUGGACUCCUGCAGGAAGAUUCGAAAGAUGGCAUUGUUAAGAUCAAGCAGGAGCAGUGUCAGGAUAAGCACGAAGCCGAGCAGCAGUUGCUGGACCAUGCCGAAUUGGCGGACAUGAAGGACGCCGAACUGCUAGGUCAUGCUGCUGGCUUGGAUGGCGACAUAAAGCCACCUGGCGUUGGUGGUGAUAUGGAUAAUAAGCUAACCAUACCACCCUUGGCAAUGACUACGCCUGCUGCCAAAUUGGCAGCCCUCUAUCGCAUGCUGAUGGCCUACAACGAAUCCAAGCUCGGUCAGGACCGCAAUAUUAGCGAACUGGAGCAGAAUGCCAUGGAGAAGUCCAUCUUUCUGUGCUAUGUUUGCCGUACCGAUUUCCCCACCGUCAAAUUGUACGAUGCCCAUCUCACAGAACAUCCUGCCGAAUGUUUCACCUGCGGCAAGAAGUUCUAUCGAUGGAAGAACUUUUCGCUCCAUCUAAAGCGACACUUAGGCUGGAAAGAGUUUGGUUGUUGCGUCUGUGACAAGAAGUUUGUAGUGCGCAGUGCUCUAGUGGAGCACAUGCGGAUGCAUACAGGCCAGACACCGCUCAAGUGCAAAAUUUGCGGCAAGAAAUUUAAGCGCUACUCCAAUUUGACGCAACAUCGUAAACGUCACACCAAAAUGAUGGUUCGCAAGAAGGAAUACGUUUGCCAUUGCGGUGAGGUUUUGCCAUCCAAGGCUCGAUUCCUGUGGCACAAGGAGACCCACGAUUUGAAACCGAAAUGCUGUCCCUACUGUUGCGAUCGAUUCGUGCAUGCCAAUUCCCUGCGACGCCACAUACGGCUGGCCCAUUCGGACAAGUUUGACUAUGCCGAGCCCAUGGAGUGCCCCAUGUGUAAGCAAAUCUUUGCCAAGACCUCAAUCAAGGCUCACAUGGCCACACAUUCAACAGAUCCGCAAUACGACUGCGCCAUCUGCAACAAGAGCUUCUCCACCAAAUGGAAUCUUAAGAUCCAUUCAUGGGUCCACGCCAAUCGCACGGCCAAGCCCUUCAAGUGCGAGUACUGUCCCAAGGCGUUUGUCCGUGAACUGGACUUUAAGAAUCACAUCAAUGCCCACAAACAGAUCAAACCGUACACGUGCGAGUAUUGCGGCUGCAAGUUCAUACGGAAAUACAACUAUAUGAGGCAUCGGCGUGAGCAUCAUGGCAACAAGAUGUUCACCUGUGAUCAGUGUGACAAAUCCUUCCAUCGGCAUUACUAUUUGAUCGAGCAUCGUCGCAUUCACACUGGUGAACGGCCAUUCCAUUGCACCAUUUGCGGCAAGAGCUCGACAACAAAAACCAAUCACAACAAACAUCUGAAGAUCCAUCACUCGCGCGAUCCUUUCACCGUUGAGGUCUAGAUGCAUCCGAAUAAACGCAAAACUAAAGUUGAAUUAA